AUGCAUAUUUGCGAACAAAUGCAGCGUGAAGUCAUUUCAGUCCACCUCGGUCAGGCCGGAGUACAAGUCGGCAAUGCCUGCUGGGAGCUGUACUGCCUGGAGCACGGCAUCCAGCCUGAUGGUCAGAUGCCCAGUGACAAGACCAUCGGAGAUGACGACGACUCCUUCAACACCUUCUUCAGCGCGACUAGUAGUAGCGGUCACUACAACCCACGAGCUAUCAUGAUCGAUCUUGAGCCAACAGUCAUAGAUGAGGUUCGUACUGGCACCUACCGCCAGCUCUUCCACCCUGAGCAGCUGAUCACAGGCAAGGAGGAUGCCGCCAACAACUACGCCAGGGGCCACUACAGCGUGGGUGAGCAAUACAUUAGUCUUGUGCUUGACAGAAUCCGUAAGUUGGCUGACCAGUGCACAGGCCUCCAGGGUUUCCUCAUCUUCCACAGCUUCGGUGGAGGCACCGGCUCUGGCUUCACAUCCCUGUUGAUGGAGCACCUGACGGUUGAAUACGGCAAGAAACCCAAACUGGAGUUUGCUGUCUACCCGUCACCCAAUAUUUCCUCAUCCGUUGUAGAGCCUUACAACUCUGUCUUGAAUGCUCACUCGACCUUGGAGCAUGCUGACUGCUGCUUCAUGGUCGACAAUGAGGCCAUCUAUGAUAUCUGCGAGAAGAAUCUGGAUUUAGAGAAGCCGACAUUUACCACCGUUAACCGACUGAUUGCGCAAGUCGUGUCCUCCAUCACAGCAUCUCUGAGGUUCGAUGGUUCUCUCAAUGUGGACUUGACCGAGUUCCAGACCAACUUGGUGCCCUACCCACGCAUUCACUUUCCUCUUGUUACCUAUGCACCUAUCAUCUCUGUUGAGAAGGCCUACCAUGAGCAGCUCAGUGUCUCAGAGAUCACCAACGCCUGCUUCGAGCCUACUAACCAGAUGGUGAAGUGCGACCCGCGCAAUGGGAAGUACAUGGCCUGCUGCGUGCUGUACCGUGGUGAUGUCCUCCCCAAAGACGUCACUGCUGCAAUAUUAAAAAUCAAGAAUAAACAAAGCAUCCAGUUCGUCGACUGGUGUCCAACUGGCUUCAAGGUGGGCAUCAACUACCAGCCACCCACCGUCGUGCCUGGCAGUGAUCUGGCCAAGGUGCAGCGUGCCGUCUGCAUGCUGAGCAACACCACGGCCAUCGCCGAGGCCUGGGCUCGUCUGGAUCACAAGUUUGAUCUGAUGUACGCCAAGCGUGCCUUCGUCCACUGGUACGUGGGAGAGGGUAUGGAGGAGGGUGAGUUUUUCGAGGCGCGCGACGACAUGGCUUUUUUGGAGAAGGACUACGAAGAAGUCAUACAAGAGGGUGAUACCUGGACUGAUCUCAAUGUGGACGAAUUACAAUACUAGAACCAACAAUUGGUU